GCUAUACUGCCCUACACAAUUACUGCACAGAGGAUCUAAAAAGCCACUGAUAUGCGCUACAGCAGCAUAGCUAUGGCACUGUAGUGUGGAUGCUUCCUACAGUGAAAGGAGAGAUUUUUCCAUCGCUAGCUAUGGCAUUUCCUCCAGAAGCACCAGUUGUGAAAAUAGUCACCGUCACCACAGCUUUUACAACUCCUCAGACAAAUUUCUGCGACCUGUAUGAACAUCAAAAUACAGCAAGGAUCUUACUGCCUGUGUUUUACAGCUUUAUUUUAAUUCUUGGUGUGUUUGGAAAUGGACUUGCCCUCGUUGUCAUUUUUAAAAACAGAAAAAAAAUCAACUCUACUACCCUUUAUUCCACAAAUCUUGUCCUCUCAGACAUUCUUUUUACUACUGCCUUGCCUACACGAAUAGCAUACUAUGCACUAGGAUUUCAUUGGCCAUUUGGAGAAACACUUUGCAGACUAACUGCUCUCAUAUUUUAUAUCAACACAUACGCAGGUGUAAACUUUAUGACUUGCUUGAGUAUUGACAGGUUUUUUGCCGUAGUCCAUCCUUUUCGAUACAACAAAAUCAGAAGAAUUAAACAUGCCAAGUAUAUUUGUAUAUUUGUCUGGUUUCUUGUAUUUAGCCAAACACUUCCAUUGCUCAUACAGUCCAUGUCAAAUGAGGAAAGAGAAAGGACUACAUGCAUGGAAUAUCCAAACUUUGAAAAAAUUCCACAUCUACCGUGGAUACUUCUUGCUGCCUGUUUAAUAGGGUACAUCAUUCCCCUUGAAAUUAUACUAUUUUGUUAUUCUAAAAUUAGUUGCAAACUUUUUCAAACUGCUAAGGAAAACCCAUUAACUGAAAAAUCAGGGAUAAACAAAAAGGCCAUCAACACAAUCAUUUUUGUAAUUGUCGUGUUUGUCAUCUGUUUUACUCCUUACCACAUUGCAAUUAUCCAACACAUGAUCAAGAAGCUUCAAUAUCAUCCUUUGUGCAGUGAACAGCAAACCUUCCAGAAGACCCUCCAUUACACUGUGUUUCUGAUGAAUUUUAACUGCUGCAUGGAUCCUUUCAUCUAUUUCUUUGCAUGUAAAGGAUACAAGAGGAGGAUAAUGAAAAUACUGAAACGUCAAGUUAGUAUAUCAGUUUCAAGUGCAGUCAGGUCAGCUCAUGAAGAAAGCUCACGUGAGAUGGGAGAAACACACAUGACUAUACUUUCAAAACCUUCAAAUGGAAAGUUAUAAACUGAAAAUACAUAUUCCAAUAAUGCAAGUUUAAAAAUACGGGCCUAUAAUACAUACUGUUUAUGCUUCCGUGCAGCAAAUUAAGUAAGAUUCUUUCACAGUAUCUUAGGAAAUCAAAGGUGAUGUUGGAUUAAAAAAAUAAAUGGUCAUGUGAAAGCAAGAAAACUCAGAAUUAGUAUUUUCCAAGCUGAAUCACUUUGACCUGGCUUCAUGAAUUUUCUAGGAGAUUUCCACCACUGAGUAUGACCUGCACCUUUCCAUUGCUAGAUUUUAGGAAAGCUUGAUUCACACUAUCUACUAGUUCGCUGAGAAAGGAAUAAACUAAAAAAAGCUAAUAGCUCAGAGUGACUAAAAACCAACACAUCUGAAAAGAGGUAAACAUCUGACUGAGCUCCAAUUUAAGCACUCUUGACUAAUAUGGUGUGUUAUGUGCACUGGAGUGACAGGGCAAUGGUAAAGACAUAAAACAAAGAAAAUAACUUUUGAAGGAAAAUAAAAUGUACAUUUUUUCAUGGAUAAUUAUAAAUGUGUAAUUUAGAUCCUUUUGGAGGUAGGGUUGGAUCACAGUAUUCAGAACAUGAACAUCUUAUCUAAAUUUAUCAUGGAUAACUUUGUGAGAAUACAAGUGAAAAAGAGUUAAGACAUUGUUAGUUUGUAAAAUUUUGCAUGUGUAAGUAAAUCUAAAGAACAAAGAGACCAUUGUUUCCCACAACUACCCAAGGGUCUUCCAGGUUCCUGCUAAAGUCACAGGUUGCAAUAACAAUAAGAUAUAAGAUUCUAGAAAUGGGAAGAAAUGUUUAUAGUUGAAAUCACCACAAUGUGUUAAAUUUGUUCAUUAUAAUGGAGAGAGUGACGGCCUCUUCUUGGACACUGUUUAUGUGGAGGUUACUAAAUGAAAACAGCAGAAGAAGGAGCAAGCUUCACCAUCAUGGUUGCUGCUGCCCACACCAUCUUCUGGGAUGCAUCACACCACCAUGGGGCCUUCAUCGUUCUGAACCAGAAACAUGCCUUGACAAGACCAAGCCAUAGUGGGAACAGAUGACAUCAUUAUCAGAGGUGCUGGAACAACUUUUCUAGUGGGAGUGCUGAGAGCCACUGACUCAAACUGUAAACCCUGUAUAUAAUGGAAACUACUUCAAGCCUGAGGGUGCUGCAGCACUCUCAGCACCCCUAGUUCCAGCACCUAUGACCACACUCCUAUACGCUCACCUCUGCCCUCACCUUCCCCACCCCAAAACUGGCUGACUCCUGAAUAACACCUAGGAUGCCAGUCUUUGGUUCCUGCCAUCAUACCCUUCCUAAUGUGUCAUGUUCUUUCCCACCUUAUUUCUCCCUUUUUUCUAUUUUUCGUCUUCUGUCUAAUGAGACUCUGCCUUAGCUGGGCAACACAACUUUGCCACACUACUAUGAACAAGAAAGGCAAGCUAAAAACAAUGCCAGAUCUCAGAGUGGCAAUAAGACCAUGUGCUGUGCCUGUUUCCUCAGCAGUGAGGUUGCAACUGAAAGUCAUCACCAGAGAAAGAAGUUACAUUUUCUAUCUUUGCUAUUCUUUAUAUGUGAGUUCACUAUGUUUUCCCUUAAAGGAACCAGGACUAUACUUGAACAGCACAGCAGCAGCAGGUCAGGACCAACUUCAGUAACUUUUUGCUUAUUUCUCCACAAAAAAGUACAGUUAAUACCAUCAUAGUAUCUAAAGACUGCCAACCGGAGAUUUCCAACCAUAAAAGACACUAUACAGCUGAAAUGGAACAAGGAAAACUGUUAUAAUGAGAGACUUACUUCACUGUUUAAGUUGUAAAUGCUUCCACUGUUUUUUCUUUUUUUCCUGUCUUUUUAUUAAAAAGUUAAACAUGUUUAAUGGUACCUGGUAAAAUGGCAGUAAGUCAGCAAUAACUUGUCACUAAACAGUUAAGUGUGAUUUUAUGUUGUAACAGAAAACAUGGGUUUUAUUAACAUCUUAUUCCUGUAGGGCAUGUGACACCCCUUACCGCUACGGAAUCCAUACUAUGAAUGUCUAUCUUUCUACUCAAGGCAUGCAUUUGGUCUAAUUUUAGACUGUAAGACCCUCAGAGCAAGACAUUUCUCUGUAUUUGUGUUCAUUACAUUUUACAGGCAAACAGUAUGUCACCAUAUAAGCAAUCACUUAUGUAUAUCUCUAUUUUUUUAACAAAUAAAAUCAAACCACAAAUUAGUAUUAAAA